UAGGAGAUGAGUAUUAUAGCGGGACGAGUGGAACUUGUGCAACGAGAGCUCCGCCUGUAGUUUACGGUACAACUGGAACAUCAAGAGGAGACGACAGGAGAAACGACGACCAUCUCCGAGGGUACCCAGCGACCAUAGGCGAGUGCGGUGUUACCACUCCAACCACAGGAGUUGCUCCUUCACCGCCAAAAAGUAACGAAAACGAUAUGAGUAGAGUUAGAGAAAACCAUUACAACGAAGCUGAGAGUAACACAGCCGCAUAUAUUAAUGCUAUAGCCAACUGCCCCGCAGAGGCUCUACGCACGACUAGCCUCGAGAGUGCACCUUCCAGAAGUAUGACUUAUUCCCCACGAGCACCUACACCUUCGAACAACCCCAGUAAAAGAUCAAAAGCAGGCGGCACGCCCGGUGGAAACGGACAUCACAACUCCAACAUGUAUCAUUCGGCCCCAACAAGAAAUGCUGAAGAAUCCGCACUAGACGUAGACCUACCUCGUGAAGACAAAGAAACCAGUACCACAACAGGACAGGAUGAAAGGAAGGACUGGGAGAGACAACUAGAAGUAGAGCAUGGUCGAGUUCCAAUUCCGAGUCCAAGUAGAACAACCCCACCAGUCUUGCGCACCUGGCAUGGCGGGUCACUAUCACCUGCGGACCGCGAAGAGCAGACCCCACUUCUAAGCCCUAAUCUAACAAGCUUUCCAGAUCAUGAUGAUUCACGAAGUGGGAGAGGAAUAGCAGUCCCUGCGUGCUCAGAGAACGCUGGCACUGAUCUUCCCACGCACCAGCAUAAAGAAAGUGACAAUCUAGCCCUCUGGGGCUUUGGUCUGCAUGGAAAGACAGAAAAUUCUAGGGCAGGCGGCGUAAUUCCCUGACCUCCUCACAGUGAAUUCAAAUCCUCUAGGUUAAGCACCCAGCUCUGCGUACCCUGUAAAAAGACUUUGAUCCCGUAUCUAAAGAAAACUAUCUACUUGUUCCCCUCCGCCUUAAUGAAGUUUGUGCCAACAAAAGCCAUACCCACCUUGUUGCACCAGGUCUUAGUUUAAUAUCUGAAUUUUCUUUUUCCCUCACAAAACAUAUUAAUAUGUUCUUUCGCGGCGCGGCGUAGCUCGG